AGUGGUCUGAUCAUUUGCAGGAUGAAACCACGGACCAGCAUGUCCAUGAGACAGAGACACACACCCGCUGUCUGCCGCCUGCUGCUGCUGCUGUUGCUGCUGCUGGGGACAGGAGGACAUCAGUGUCUCGCAGCUCGUCCUCGUCCUCUGCUCGUGUUCCUGAUCGAUGGUUUCCGCUAUGACUACAUGGAUGACCUGCACGCGCUGCCCGGGUUCCGCGAGCUCGUGGACAACGGAGUGAAGGUCGAUUACAUGACUCCAGACUUCCCCAGUUUAUCAUACCCCAACUACUACUCACUGAUGACAGGCCGUAACUGUGACAUUCAUCAGAUGACUGGAAACUACAUGUGGGAAGAAGCCUCCAACAAAGAGUUUCUGAUCGGGACCAACAGUGACAGUCGAUUGCCUCUCUGGUGGGAUGGAUCAGAGCCGCUAUGGGUCACCCUGCAGAAACUGGGAAAGAAGGUUUUCAUGUACUACUGGCCUGGCUGCGAGGUGGAGAUUCUGGGUGUCCGUCCAUCAUUCUGUGAGGAAUACGUCUACAACCCAUCAGAGAAAAACCUCACAGACUCGAUAGUGAAUGCUCUCAAUGUCCUGAGGUCAGGCGAAGCGGGCAUGGCUGCAAUAUAUUAUGAGAAAAUAGAUGUAGAGGGCCAUCACUUCGGUCCAGACUCUCAUCAGAUCAGAACAGCUGUGCUACAGCUGGAUCUCGCUCUGCAGACACUCAACAGCAAAAUCAAAGAGAAAAACAUGGUGAACCAGCUGAACAUUAUGCUAUUUUCAGACCAUGGUAUGACAAAGCUCCAGUGGAUGGAGAAGGUCAUAGAGCUGGACAAGUAUGUCAGCAUGUCAGCCAUUGCCAAGAUGAUGGACAGAGGAGCCGUGGUCAGUCUGUGGCCCAAAGAUAACAAGUACCAAGAGGUGUAUGCCGCAUUGUCCCAGGUCCCCAACAUGCGUGUCUAUGGCAGACAGGAGAUCCCUGAACGUUUCCAUUUCAAAGGAGGGAAGUUUGUUCCCCCCCUGACGCUGGUGGCUGAGCCAGGCUGGUUUAUCAUCGAGAACAAGGCAAAACUCCCAUAUUGGAAAAACGACUCUGGGGAGGCCUCAGGAUGGCAAAACGGUUGGCAUGGUUACGACAAUGAGUUCCUCGACAUGAGAGGCAUUUUCUUGGCGACAGGACCUGACUUCAAGCGGAAUGUUCGGGCGGCUCCAAUCCGAGCAGUGGACGUCUAUAACGUGAUGUGCUGGACGCUGGGAGUGAAGCCUUUGCCCAAUAAUGGGUCCUGGUCUCGGGUAGAGUACUUCCUGAAUGGCUCUGAUGGUCCAUCCCGACCCACAGCCCUCUGCUGGAUGGGUUUGUUAGGAAUACUGCUUGCACUAUGGUACUAAAGUAUUGAACUGUUCAGUGCUUAUGGCAUCUGAUGGUUUGGAUCUGCUAGAAAGAGUCAGAACAUUAAACCGUGUACAGGUUAAUGCAUCUAAAAGUAAGGGAAAGGCAAUGAAACAGCUGGAAAGCUGGAAAAUGUCACCUUGAAAUAGUUAUAGCAUUGUUAAGGACCAAGAAGUCGAAGCCUGAAAGGGCCCGGAGAGUUUUCCAGGACCUCAUCUCAACUUCCUAAAUAGACCGGACUUCCUCACAUUUUCUCUUCUUUCUCCAGCUCUCUUUGCCUGAUCAACAUGUAUUCAUAUUUGAGGUUGUACACAUCUUAAAUGCAAAAAUUGUUAAUUUUGUUACCUUCUGUAAUUUCUCUUGAUAACCUUUCGUUGUCAAUCAUAGUGAAAAAGUAAAAGU